GUCGCGCUAAGAGCAAGUUGUGUAAUGGUGUUUACAAAGAUAAUCUUCCCGUUCAUUGUGGACAAUUUUUAUCUAUUCCUUCCUCUUCUUUUACCCUUAGUUUACUUGAGAAUUUUUUUCAAUAAAUCCGAGCUUCAGUCAGAUAAAGAACGAAGUAAAAAAACAACUAAGUUCGCGCAGAAAGAAAAAGAAGCUGGGAAUAGAACCCAGAAUGAAGAUGCUGAUGAUGAGGUUGAAGAAGUAGAUGAUGAUGAUGAACUAGAAGAUCCUGCUGGUCCUGCUGUAGAGGAUGUUGAUUUUAUUUCUUAUGAGUUUACCCAGUAUACAGAGGAGGAGAUGAUUCUUAGAUCUCAACAGUUCUUUCAGGAAAUGAACAAGAGGCGAACUAUUCGGGUAUUUAGCGAUAAACCUGUUCCUAGACAAGUUAUUGAGAAUAUAAUUAGGACUGCGGGGACAGCUCCUAGCGGAGCCCAUACUGAACCCUGGACCUAUGUGGUUGUAUCCGAUCCUAAACUUAAAGUUAGUAUCCAGGAUAUUGUUGAAAGAGAAGAGAUGAUCAACUAUACACAAAGAAUGGGUAUUAAAUGGACAAAUGAUCUUAAGUUUUUAAAGACGGAUUGGAAUAAACCGUAUCUAACUGAGGCUCCCUAUCUAGUUCUUCUCUUCAAACAGGUUCAUGGUUAUACAAACACUGGACAGAAAAAGGUUCAUUAUUAUAAUGAAAUUUCCUGCAGUAUAUCCGCAGGGUUAUUCCUAGCAGCAGUUCAACAGGCCGGGUUGGUGACACUAACCAGCACUCCUCUUAACUGUGGUCCUGCGCUUAGAAGUUUACUUAAUAGACCAGAGAAUGAGAAGCUUCUAAUGUUGCUUCCAGUAGGAUAUCCUGGUCCUAAUUCUACAGUUCCAGCUUUGAGCAGGAAAUCUCUUCAAGAGUUUUCUAGUUUUCAUUGAACAAAAUAAAUAAUGUUACAACUUGUUUGA